UAACAACAAUUGGCCACUUAACGGGCGCAUACCAGGAAAAACUAUGAGUUUGAAAGAUAAUUAAUAAUAAUUGUUUGUUUUCAGAAACGGAUACUGUUUUAGUCUAAACAGCUCAGCAGUGCUCCACUUUCCAGAUAGCCGGUGGAUUUAUUUGAAAGGGCAGCGGGCGCUUUCCAUGGUGCUGAAUGGCUGUUAAAAUGCAGUGUUCCUUUGAAAGUGUUUCAGAAUUCCUACAAGCAACCCGCGAAAUGUUGUCCAGCAGCGCUCGAAACUUCGCUUAUCUUCUCGCUCACCGCACACGCUCGAAAGGUGGAGUUUGUUAGUGCGUUGCUUGAAACGCCGGCUGCCUGUGGCUAUUGGGAAAAAGUCUUCUGAAAUCCCAGUCUCACCAUUGGCAAUGCAAAAGCAGGAGGGACCGGAACAAGGACAACAGCGCAGUUCACCUGUGUUUCGGGAGGUAGUUUAGCAGUGUGGUUUCUGCUCUACAGAGAGAAGACGCCAUUCGAACCGUUCACUCGUUGUAUUGUGACAUGAGAAAAGUGUCGCUUGCCAUGAUUUCAACGUGCAGGUGAAACCGGAGAUGUGUUUUAUUUCAGUCCCACUGCACAACUUCUAAAGCAAAAAAACAAUAAUUAAUCUUGUUUAUCGUCCGCGAGCGCUCAAAUAUUUCGCGCCACUCUCUCAGACGUCACACUUUCUCAAAAACUAUAAACUGUUUGGAGUGAAAACAAUGUCCCGCAAAAAGGCGGGUAAGGGCAAAAACGCCAACAGCAGCCCGACGACAGGCAUCCCCACCGGAAACCAGAAGGGGGAAACUGGGAAGAGCACCGCAGGGACGGGGAGCGUGGUGCAGGCGAACGGUAUGGUUCAUCCGAGCAGACCCUCACUCAGCAACAGCAGCGAGUUUUAUGACAUCGCAUACAAGGUGAUGCUGGUGGGAGACUCCGGGGUGGGGAAGACCUGUCUGCUGGUGCGCUUCAAAGACGGAGCCUUCCUGGCAGGAAGCUUCAUCUCUACUGUGGGCAUCGACUUCAGGAAUAAAGUGAUGAACAUUGACAGACUGAAGGUGAAGCUUCAGAUCUGGGACACAGCUGGACAGGAGCGUUUCCGCAGCGUCACACACGCCUACUACCGUGACGCCAAUGCUCUCCUGCUGCUGUAUGACGUGACCAACAGAACAUCUUUUGACAACAUCAAGGCCUGGCUGACUGAGAUCCACGAUUACGCCCAGCAGGAUGUGGUCCUGAUGCUGCUGGGAAACAAGGCUGAUGCCACACAGCAGAGGGUGGUGAAGAGAGAGGAUGGAGAGAGGCUGGCCAAGGAGUUUGGGGUUCCAUACAUGGAGACCAGUGCAAAGUCUGGCCUCAAUGUGGAGUUAUCCUUCACUGCUGUGGCCAAAGAGCUGAAGCACAGGUCUAUGAAGGAGCCCAACGAGCCCAAGUUUAAACUUCAGGACUACGUCAACAAGGAGAUGAAGAGUGCUGGAUGUGCAUGUUAGAACACUGGGUGUGUGUGUGUGGGUACGUGUGCGCGUGCCAGCUCGUGUCCUUCUCCACACCUUUCUCUAUUCCUCUCCUUUCUCU